AUGCUGAUCCAACCGUAUCAACUCUCGGCAACUGAUGUAGCCGCCAAGAUCCGAGAUGGCCAGCUGACGGUAGAGGAGUAUGCGCAGUCGCUCUUGGGACGCAUCAAAGAGCGAGAUCCGAUUGUGAAGGCGUGGGCUUACUUGAACCCUGGCCAAGUGCUUGAACAAGCUAGGAAACUGGACGCUGUGCCCAAGGAAGAACGGGGACCUUUACAUGGUGUUGCGAUUGCGGUUAAGGAUGUCAUCUACACAAAGGAUAUGCCAACGCAGUUCAACUCACCCAUCUACAAAGACGAUGCACCCCAAGUCGACGCAGCCAGCAUCAUCAUCCUCCGCAAAGCCGGAGCGCUCAUCCUAGGAAAGACGACCACGACUGAAUUCGCAGCUACUACCCAAGGACCUCAAACCACAAACCCACACGACAGUUCCCGCACACCUGGAGGUUCAUCAUCGGGAUCUGGAGCAGUAGUAGCAGACUUCCAGGCUCCCAUCAGUCUGGGAACACAGACCGGAGGAAGUACCAUCCGCCCUGCCUCUUUUAAUGGUAUCUACGGAUUCAAACCGACAUGGAACUCGAUCUCGAGGGAAGGGCAGAAAGUAUUCUCGUUGAUUCUUGAUACUAUUGGCAUUUAUGCGAGGACCGUGGAGGAUCUAAACUUGCUCGCUGAUGUAUUCGCAUUGGAAGAUGAUGAGUCGCCCAACCAAGAGUAUUCCGUCAAUAGCGGCAAGUACGCGAUAUGCAAAACAAUGGUCUGGCCCCAAGCUGGCCCCGGUCUUAUCAAGGCAAUGGAUAAAGCCGUCGAACUCCUCCGAUCAAGCGGCGCCACAGUUGACGAGAUUGAGUUUCCCCAACAUCUGCAAGACUUACCGAAAUGGCACUCCAUUGUCUUCAACACCGAUGGAAGAACAGCCUUUCUGCCUGAGUAUAGGGUUGAUGAGACUAAAAUAGCAGAUCAGUUGGUUGGACAUGUUGAGAACCGGCUCAAGAUUUCUAGAGCUGCGCAGAUCAAGGCUUUUGAUGAGAUUGCAGCGGCGAGACCUGUUGUGGAUGAGAUGUUGGGUAAGUAUGAUGCUGUGUUGGUGCCGAGUGUGCCGGAUGAGGCACCGAAGGGUAUUGAAACUACUGGAAGUGCUGCAUUCAAUUUGAUCUGGACAGCACUGCAUAAUCCCGUUAUCAACAUCCCCGGAUUUGCUGGUGAGAACGGAAUGCCCAUUGGUCUAUCCCUCGUUGCACCAAGGUAUCACGACAGAAAGCUUCUAGCAGUGAGUCAAGCAGUAGGAAAGCUCUUCGAGGCAUCAGGAGGAUGGAAGUCACAGAUAGUUUAA